CUCCCCGUCGCGGCUCCUUCUUCCACCCCCCCCCCCCCCGCCUUCAGCGGGGCGCAGAGGCCAUGUUCCCCCUGGACUCCACCUGGAAUAUCUCCUUCGCCGGCUGCGGCUUCCUGGGGGUCUACCACAUCGGGGUAGCCAGCUGCCUGCAGGAACAUGCCCCCUUCCUCGUCGCCAACGCCAGGAAGGUCUAUGGCGCCUCAGCCGGGGCGCUCACCGCCACCGCCCUCGUCAGCGGCGCCUGUCUCGGUGAGGCUGGUGCCAGCAUUAUUCGAGUGUCAAAAGAAGCCCGGAAGAGGUUCUUGGGCCCACUCCACCCAUCUUUCAACCUGGUGAAGAUCAUUCGGAUCUGCCUGUCCAAGACCGUGCCAGAGAAUGGGCAUGAAGUUGCAGCAGGACGUUUGGGUAUUUCCCUGACACGGGUCUCUGAUGGAGAAAACGUGAUACUGUCAGACUUCAAUUCCAAGGAGGAGCUGAUCCAGGCCUGUGUCUGCAGCACCUUUAUCCCUGUCUACUGUGGGCUGAUACCUCCGACCUUGCGUGGAGUGAGAUAUGUUGAUGGAGGGAUUUCUGACAACUUGCCCCGAUAUGAGCUGAAGAACACAAUCACUGUGUCUCCAUUCUCAGGAGAGAGUGAUAUCUGUCCACGGGACAGUUCCACAAACAUGCAUGAGCUGAGAGUCACCAAUACAAGCAUCCAGUUCAACCUUCGCAACCUUUACCGCCUCUCAAAGGCCCUGUUUCCUCCGGAGCCGCAGGUGCUGCGGGAUAUGUGCAAGCAGGGCUAUCGGGAUGCACUGCACUUCCUGAAGAAGAAUGGUCUCCUUCAUCGUCCAAGUCCUGCCCAUCCUCUCCUUGCUAUAGAAGCCCCCCCAGAAGAGAAAAAAGAGGAAGAAACAGAAGCUGAGGACCAAGUAGAGGACAAUACUGCCCUUGCUGUUGUUGAAGAGCACAUCUUCGAACACUUGCCUCCCAGACUGAACCAGGCUCUUCUGGAGGCUUGUGCUGAAAGAAGAAGUUUCUUGACUGGUAUCACCAACAUGCUGCCCAUACGUGUGGCCACAGCAAUGAUGGUCCCCUAUAUGCUGCCUCUGGAGUCUGCAGUUUCCUUCACUGUCAGGUUGCUGGAAUGGCUCCCAGAUAUCCCUGAGGAUAUUAGAUGGAUGAGGGAGCAGAUGACUGAAAUCUGCAACUAUCUUGUGAAGAAAGCCAAGAAGAAACUGGGCAGCCAUCUUUCAGCCAGGCUUUACUACCACCUUGAGCUUGGAGGGCCCCAGAGCCUGCCAAUUUCUUCCGCACCAGCUUGCGGUGAAGCGCUGCCUAUGUGGAUGAGAAGCAACCGUUCCCUGUCUGAUGUCAUGAUGAAGUGGGAGGAGUACCAGCGCCAGCUCAUGCUGGGCUUACUCUGCAUCAAUGUGGACAUGCAGGCCUCCCUCUUCCCUCGGGAAGGGUUUCAGAUAAAGCUUCCGCCUCUAGACUGUGCAAAAGAGUGCCUGCCACUCUUCUGAGC